UGUUAAUGUAUUACAUAAGAUAGUGCAUACACCCAUGUUAUUUGUAUGAGUUUAUAUAUAUCUCUGUUCAUUUAUGAGACGCGCCGCGCCGCCGCUUCUUCGACUCGGUUUAUUAGUCGGUCGAUAUUUAUCUAAAAGCUUUCAAUUGAAUAUACAAAAAAAAAACCCACGUCGUUAUUAGCAAUACCCAGAUGACAGAUUGACAAAAUCUCACUAAAGAUCGGACCUUUCUCAAAAGUGUGAUAAUGAGAGCUAGAUUGGUGGUGUUCCCGAUCAAAGGGAGGAAGUGGUGUUUCAGCAGAUCUGUUGAUCCUUUCGCUGCCCAGACUCCAUCAGGUGUUACUCCGACCACUGUACGAGGUUUAUGGAAGAAGUUAUCAUCUGAGUCGAAGCCCAUCAAUGCCAACGCUGAGCUUCUUGUUGAUUUCAUCUCUGACAAGAUGAACAAAGCGUGGACGGGUCUUGAGAAAGCACCUGAAGGGUCAAUGAAGAACAAGAUUCAUGGGUUAGGAUUGAAGCUUCUGGCUCGUGUUAAGCCGUCUGAGAUUUUCUUGAAGUCUAUAUCUAAGGAGGUCACUUCCAUACAAGUCUCUUAUCCUCCUAGUUUAGAUCCUAGACUUGUACGCAGGAGACUACGUCACAUUGCUAUGAGUGGAACAAUCCUGCACAAAAAGUACCUGAUUGGCUCAGUAACUUUGCUUCCAUUGACCAGUGCAUUUAUGGUAUUGCCAUUACCAAACAUACCAUUCUUCUGGGUCUUGUUCCGCACAUAUUCCCACUGGCGAGCUCUUCAGGGAAGCGAGCAACUGCUUAAGCUCCUCCCAAACCAAACUGAUGAUGCAGAUGAACGCAAUAACAACAAGAAGAAGCCUCAAUCUCCCACAUGUGUUUUGCUGCCAUCAGAGGAGCUAUGCAAGCUACUUGGUGAAGCUAGCGAGGAAGGGCUUAGUGAGGAGACCAUCGUAGAGAUUUGCAAAUUAUUUCAUCUCAAUAAGAUUGAUGUUCUUAAAUAUCGCAAUCUAGUCUAACUCUUUUGUUAAUUUUAGGCUCUUUUGUUUUUUUGCUUGGACCAAAUUUUCAGAUGUUUGAAGCUAAUUUACGCUCCAAUUCUUUCAA